AUGUCAAAACACUUGCUUGCCUCCGCUCGUGCUCUUUCGCGACCCUGUUCCCUCACUAUACGUCAGUCCAGACCACAAGCAAGAUGGCUCUCCAUAACAAAGUCUACGCGGAUAAUGGAGACCUCUGGCUUCUCGGAAGAGCAGUUGGAAGUGCGUGACGCUAUCUCCAAGAUAUGCUCCAACUUCACAGACGACUACUGGCUCGAACACGACCAACAGGAGAAAUACCCUCAUGAAUUGCAUGCAGCACUGGCAAAAGAUGGCUGGAUAGGAAUCGCGUUACCCGAAUCUCUUGGAGGAGCAGGCCUCGGUAUCUCGGAAGCCACUAUGAUGUUGCAGACAAUCUCAGAGUCCGGUGCUGGUAUGGCAGGUGCUCAAUCGAUACAUGCGAAUGUCUAUGCCACCCAACCCGUCGCCAAGUUUGCCACAGAAGAGCAACUCCAGCGAAUGCUUCCGAGACUCAUUAGCGGAGAGUGGCGAGCCUGUUUCGGCGUUACAGAGCCAAACACUGGUCUGGAAACCCUCAAGCUUCGAACAACUGCUCUCAAAGACGGUGACUUCUACAACGUAACCGGCCAGAAAAUAUGGAUUUCCUCUGCUCAGGUAGCCACAAAGAUGAUCCUUCUAGCACGUACUACACCAAUCGAAGAAGUCACCAAGCCAUCAGAAGGUCUCUCACUAUUCUUUGUCGACUUUGACAAGACACAGCCAGGUCUGGAGUUGAAGAAGAUCCGCAAGAUGGGUGGACGAGCAGUCGAUGCCAACGAGGUCUUCUUCGACAACUAUCGCAUCCCAGCCGACUCUCUCAUCGGCAAAGAAGGUCAAGGAUUCAAAAUCGUGCUGCACGGCAUGAAUGCAGAGCGCUGUCUCCUCGCUGGCGAAGCAUUGGGUCUGGGCUAUGUAGCCCUACGGAAAGCAUCACAAUACGCCAAAGAGCGUGUUGUGUUUGGUCGGCCCAUUGGCGUGAAUCAAGGAAUACAGCAUCCUCUCGCCCAAGCAUACAUGCAUCUCGAAGCCGCAAAAUUGUCAACCUACCAUGCAGCACGCCUAUACGAUGCAUCUACAACUGACCCAAGUAUAACUCAGCACGCUAUCGGUGUCGCUUGCAACACAGCAAAGUAUCUAGCUGCUGAAGCAGCGUUCACGGCUUGUGAACGAGCAGUCCUAACUUUGGGUGGCAUGGGUUAUGCAGCGGAGUAUCAUGUGGAGAGGUAUCUGAGGGAGUGCUUCGUGCCCAGGAUUGCACCGGUCAGUAGGGAGAUGAUCAUGAACUACGUGGCGGAAAAGGCUUUGGGGCUACCAAGGAGUUACUAG